UUCAUUGUAGAGCCUGUGGAAGUCGCCGAGCCUGUUGAAGCAACCGUAGAUCUCUCUGCUGACUCGCCGGUUGAGGAGUUAGUCGUCGGCACGAUUGACGAAUCUGCCGAAUCACCCUCUGCAGGGAUCUCCCACAUCGACGGAGCCAUGACAGAGCGGUGCAAGAGUAACGAAGACUUUUCCAAAAAGAAUCUCAGAAUCCAAGUCUCGGCAAAGCAUUUAACACUUGCAUCGCCCAUUUUCAAGAAUAUUCUGACGGGUGGUUGGAAAGAGAGCGUCACUCUCUUACAGCAGGGCUCUAUGGAGUUGACGACGUCAGGAUGGGAUCUCGAGGCACUUCUGCUCUUACUGAAAAUCAUACAUUGUCAGCAUGACCACAUACCUCGGAAGCUCUCUCUCGAAAUGCUUGCCAAAAUCGCUGUCAUAGCAGACUACUAUGAUUGCAAAAAGAUUUUGAGGUUUUUCUUGGAUGUGUGGAUUGGAAACCUGGCUGAAGUGCCCGAGAUAUAUUGUCGAGACCUCGUCCUCUGGCUAUGGGUAUCCUGGGUUUUCAAGCUCCCUCGUCAGUUUGAAAGAGCGAGCUCGAUAUCCAUAUCACAGAGUAAAUAUCGGAUUAGAGGCUUGGCAUUACCGAUCCCCAAUCAUGUACUUGAUGCAAUGAAUAGCCGGCGAGAACAUAGUAUCGAAGACCUGGUUCAUCUGCUUCACACGCAACAUGCGACUUUUCUGAAUGACACAAACGGUUGCAGUUUCGAAUGCAGGUCAAUCAUGUAUGGUGCUCUCACAAAGCAGAUGCAAUCAAACGAGCUGCUUUCGCCAAUGCCUGUAACUCCUUUUACUGGAUUGAGUUAUCAAGGACUUGCGCAGAAAGUGCGGUCGUUUAAGUCGCCACAGUGGCGCAGUUCAUCUCCAGGUUAUCCAAGCUAUGGGCCCCACAGUUGCUUCCAUUCUACUUUUGAACCCCUUUUUGGUCACCUACAUGACAGGAUUGGAGGCCUUGCGCUCGAUGAUGAUAAUCUAGACGUACAGGCGUAA